CAUUUCAGUAUUAAAUUUAGUGUUAUCGUUUGAAUGUUUUAAAUGUGCAACUGAAAGAUUGGUAAAAAGUUCUAUUUUAACAUAAAUAUCUCAACUAUGGAUACCGGAAAGAAUCUGGACAUCCUGAAACGGAUCAGCGGAAUCGAAGUGAGUAGCCUGUGGGUUCUGCACGACGAUGCCUUCAAGGACUUCUUCGACUGGUUCGGUCAAUCCAUUGAUGAGGACAAUCUCGUAACGGAUGCUUUGCUGCGGGAUUAUUCAGAUUUAGAAAAAACUGAACAAGUAUUGUCAGACCGAGAGGUGUCGGUUGAGUUAGAAAUCUUGAAACAGGACUACCCCGAUAUUCUAAGCUUCUCGGACUAUGAUGCGCAAGAAUACGAAGAUCAGCUGGAACAACUGGUGGCCAUCGAGGAACAGUAUGAACGAUUAGUCUCGGAGGCAAAAAGAACUGAUGCCGCAUUAACGAGAGAAUUGUCAGAGCUGGAUAUUAAAGGAAUCGAUGCAAAUUUCAAUCUUGGAAAAGUAACUACCGAAUGUGGCGAGAAGGUGGAUUUUUUAGAACAAAUCCAGGCGAACACACAGCUGCAAAUUUCCGAAAUGCAUCAGUGCUACGUCCAAUCGCAAAACCCACCGCUUUUCGUUUACCAGAUGCCAAUCGAGCAGUUCAACAUGAAAUGCGAUCAAUUCCUGAAAUAUCUGGAAAUGUACGUGCGAAAACAUUUCUCACUAAGACGUUCCCUGGACGAUUCCGAUUCAGGGGACCAGUUGCAGGAUCGAAGGGAUGCGAUUGUCCAGCUGGAGAGCAUUAAGGCCCGAUUGGACAUAGGAGAGAUACGGCUGACCGAAGCCCGAAAGGAGUACUACGGAUUGAAGCGACUGAUGGCACGCUUUCAGGAUCUCAGCUGGCAGCCGAUGAAGAUUCCGGCAAUGAAGAAAUUAUGCGCUGAGCUCAGUGGCAUCAACGAGCAGGAUUUGCUGCGGAUCGAUGUGCUCAAGCAGGAGCUGGAGAUGUACAUCCGCCAAUCGAACGAGCAACGGAUCGAGUGUAUCCUGUACGAAAAUAGCAAAAUGAAGCUGGACCGUGCCGUAGGUCGGCUGGAGUACAUCAAAAAGCUGGCAUCGAUAAUCUCGGAUACGUUGAUGAAUGCGGAAAUGUUGUGGAUUUUGAUGCAACUGGAUUUAGAGAAAAUCAAGAACAAAUUCGACAACAGCGACGAGAUGAAUCUGGAAACGCAGCGUUGUCUUAAGCGAAUCGAGGCACUGAAGGGAGUUGUUAAAACAACUGCCGAAGAGGAGGCUCAUGAAGAGUUUGUUUCUCAGUUCGCCGGCCUGUUGGAGUCCUUGAACUUAAAUCAAUCUUCCGCAGCCGAUCGUUCGAUGAGUUUGCGAAACUGCAUCCAGGAUUUCGCUGACUACAGAAAAAGAGUGUACCGCAAUUUACAGUCGAUUUUGAACGGAAAGUACUACAAAAAUAUGGACGAAAUAUUGAGAGAUUUGGAAGAGCACGAGCAACUGCUGAGUAAGUACGUCUACGAUGGGCCAGUAAACAAACCACAAUUUUUCGAUCAACAGUACCACGAAAAGGUUCAACGUUUAACUUUCGAGAUGAAUCAAAUCGAAAAGGAGCUCAAGAAACUAAAAAGCGAUUACCAGCAAAAUGUCAACGAACCAAUGAACAAUGAUAAAUUUUGGCGUUACAACCAGAACCUGUGGGUGUGGUUCCUGACCGAACCGAAGAAGGUUGCUGUUGCCAUCAAGGAAGUCACUGCUGCCGCUUCGAAAAUGGCCGCUUACAAAAGCAUAUCGGGAAUCAAGUGUAAAUCGAUUGCCGAUGAGAUGAAAUUUUGAAGACGGAAGAUCUGUUACU